UCAGGGACUGCGAGAGACUGAAUCGAAUUAAUAUCCACGGGGCUUGGCAGCUCCGAGCACUUAAUGGACUGCACAGACACAGUUUCUUAUCCGGGAGGGGAAGGAUGAUGGAGGAGAAAGUGAGGCUCGCUGAUGGUGCAGGGGACUACUGAAGAAACGAUGGAGAUGCCAAAUAUGCUGAACUUAACAAGUAAUGCCAAAGGAUGCUGAUCUGGCUUUCAAAGCUGCCUUAUUGGAAGGAACAGAAUUCCUUUGUGCUCUGAUCCCGAAAUUAUUUCCAUGCUUUUGUGUUUCUUCCCUGAUAGACACAAGAGGAAGCACCUCAUCUCGUGUUGCUAAAGGAAUCGAGUACACAAAAAUGAGCCUCCAUGGUGCCAGUGGUGGACACGAGAGAUCAAGGGACAGACGCAGAUCAAGUGACAGAUCUCGUGACUCAUCCCACGAAAGAGCAGAAUCUCAGCUCACUCCAUGCAUCAGGAAUGUUACUUCACCAACAAGACAGUAUCAUUCUGACCGAGAGAAGGAUCACAGCUCAUCCCGCCCCAGCAGCCCCCGCCCCCAGAAGACGUCCCCGAACGGUUCCAUCGUCAGCAUGGGGACCAGCAGCAGGAACAGCAGCCAGUCCAGCUCAGAUGGGAGCUGCAAGGCUGGGGGGGAGAUGGUGUUCGUGUAUGAAAACGGAAAAGAGGGAGCUCGGAAUGUGAGAACUUCGGAGCGAGUAACGCUCAUAGUGGAUAACACCAGAUUUGUCGUAGAUCCUUCCAUCUUCACUGCACAACCUAAUACAAUGUUGGGCAGGAUGUUCGGGUCAGGCAGAGAACACAACUUUACACGUCCUAAUGAAAAAGGAGAGUAUGAAGUUGCUGAAGGAAUUGGUUCCACUGUGUUUCGUGCUAUUCUGGAUUACUACAAGACUGGAGUGAUACGCUGUCCUGACGGGAUAUCCAUUCCUGAACUGAGAGAAGCCUGUGACUAUCUCUGUAUCUCCUUUGAGUAUAGUACUAUUAAAUGCAGAGAUCUCAGUGCUCUCAUGCACGAAUUGUCAAAUGAUGGUGCUCGCAAGCAAUUUGAGUUUUACCUCGAGGAGAUGAUUCUCCCCUUAAUGGUCGCCAGCGCCCAGAGCGGGGAGAGGGAGUGCCACAUUGUUGUGCUGACAGAUGAUGAUGUUGUGGACUGGGAUGAAGAGUAUCCCCCACAAAUGGGAGAGGAGUAUUCACAGAUUAUUUACAGCACAAAGUUGUAUAGAUUCUUCAAAUACAUUGAAAACAGAGAUGUGGCCAAAUCGGUGCUGAAGGAAAGGGGGCUCAAGAAGAUCCGACUGGGCAUCGAAGGUUACCCCACGUACAAGGAGAAGGUGAAGAAGCGGCCGGGCGGGAGGCCGGAGGUGAUUUACAACUACGUCCAGAGGCCCUUUAUUCGGAUGUCGUGGGAGAAGGAGGAAGGGAAGAGCCGGCACGUCGACUUCCAGUGUGUGAAAAGCAAGUCCAUCACCAAUCUGGCGGCGGCAGCAGCGGAUAUCCCCCAGGACCAGCUCGUGGUCAUGCACCCCACCCCCCAGGUAGACGAGCUGGAUAUCCUGCCCAUCCAUCCUCCUCCCAAUAACAGUGAGAUGGAUCCCGAGGGACAGAACCCACCGCUCUGAUCUGGACUCUCACUAAAACAAAAGCAUGCUCCUUAAAGUGACUCUGUACUCCAAGUCAUACCACACUGCAAUUCCAGUUUUUUCCAUUGUGUUAACGGUGUUUAGGGUAUUGCAGUACGGACCUUUGGAAAGACCAGAGGGUUGUUUUUGGAAGAGUACAGAUCAAACACCUGGGUUCCAGUUACAUGUGUAUGUGUUUACCAGUAGGUUUGUGACGUUGGUGAUUUGUCUGCUGGACUGUCCUCACUCUGAAGCCCCUCCAGGCCCAGGGGACGCGUCAGCGUUGUGACACAGGGGUUGGAAUGCAGAGGUGGAAUUGAUAGUAGCACUUUACAAAUGGUUGAGAAGUGGAAUUUGAAGCCAUUUUUUAUAAAUGUAUUGCACAAUACUAACAAAGUGCUUCUAUCAAAACUGUACAUAGUUUUGCUCUGAAUAGGUUGACCCUUUUAAAGUUACUGUAUAUGGUUGAGCACAAAACUACUACUGGGUUCUUGGAUUGAGGACGUGAUUCAAUGACCCACAUAACAUCUUGUUAAACUCAAAGUUCUUUAGUGAAUUUUUUCACUUGUUUGCAGCGUGAGCCAUGUUCAAAAAUUGUGAACAACGGAUAGGGGCUUUAUCUUAAAUUUUGCCUUACCUUAAGCUGUUCACAAAUAUUUAUUUAAUACAUUUUUCAUAAGUGUCAUGAAAUAGGAAAAUGCAAAUGGUUAAUUCUUCAUUUAUUAAUGAUUGUAAACAAGUUUUUCAUGCAAAUAAAGUUUCCAUUAUUUUAAUGGGCUCGAA